CGGUCAAUGUUUAACCGGAGCGGUGGUACCUGUUGUGCGGGGCAGCCCAGGCUGGCUGGCGGUGGCUCCCGCCGGGACCGGCCGGGUGCUGCGGGCACCCUGAGCGAGGGGUGCUGGGGGGGGGGGGCGAAUGGAGCCGGAGGGAGAGCAGGAGUGGGAACCCCAGUCGGGCACACGGCCUAAAACGCUCCCAUGGGGCCACGAGAGACCGAGCCCCGGAGAGAAGCAAGAGGGCCCCGUGGUGGGCAGAGACACACGCCUGAGAGUGGUGCUGAGGGUCCGGCCACUUACCUGCACAGAGACGCGGCGAGGAGACCGGCGGGUUGUGCACAGCCUCGGUGACGGCACCGUCCACGUGAGCGCAGCCAGGCACGAUGCCACCUUCGGGUUCAGCGCCGUGUUCGACGCGGGAGCCUCGCAGGAGGCCGUGUUCGAAGGCAGCGGGAUGAGGCAGCUGGUGGAGCUGGCGAUAGACGGCUUCUCCUGCACCGUCUUUGCCUUUGGGCAGACCGGCUCGGGAAAGACCUACACCCUGAUGGGACCCCUCACCCAGAGCGAGAGCCGCCCGGCGGCCCCGGGGCUGCUGGGGCUGAUGCAGAGGUCCUUCGCCUGCCUUCUGGAGCAGAGCCGGAGCCGUGGCUCUGAUCUGGCUCUCAGUGCCUCCUACCUGGAGAUCUACAACGAGCAGGUCCGGGACCUGCUGAGCCCUGGGCCACCACGUGCCCUGCCUCUGCGGUGGAGCAAAACCUGCGGCUUCUAUGUGGAGAACCAGCUCAGCGUGGACUUCGAAAGCCUGGAGGCCAUCGCUGACCUGCUCCUGCAAGGAUCUCAGAGACGACGGACCUCGGCACAUGCCCUCAACAGGCACUCGAGCCGCAGCCACGCUCUUCUGACCAUCCACGUCCGCAGCCGGGCUCCCAGCGCCUGCCCCAGCAAGCAGGGCACACUGUGCUUCGUGGACCUGGCUGGCAGCGAGAGGGUAAAGGAGACCGGUUCCAGUGGGGAGCUCUCCGUGGAGGCCAACAACAUCAACCGCAGCCUCCUGGCACUGGGACACUGCAUCUCUCUUUUGGCCAAACCCCGAGGGAAGCGGAUGCACAUCCCUUACCGGGACAGCAAGCUCACCCGGCUGCUGGCCCGCUCCCUGGGCGGCUCAGGCAUCACCCUGAUGGUCGCCUGCAUCUCCCCAUCCUCACGCUGCCUCUCAGAGACGCUGAGCACCCUGCACUACGCCAGCCGUGCCCGGAGGGUCACCACCAGGCCCCUGGCCAACAGGGUGUCCCGGGAGAAGCUGCUGCAAACCUUGGAGGAAGAAAUCCACGCCCUGCAGCUGGAAAACCUCUCCCUGCGCCAGCAGCUGUGCCUGCCGAGGGUGCCGACAAGGAGCAUGGAGGUCCCUGGGACACCCACAAGGACAGGGGCACGGCCAGGCUGGGGAGGCAGGUACGGCCCCGCAGGGCUGCAUCGCUCCCCUCUUGAAGGGCAGGAGGGAGCCCCAGCCUGGCCCAGCCUCUACGGCCUCCUGCGGGACUUUGUGGUGGAGAACGAGCAGCUGAGGCAGCCCCGGCUGUCCCCAGACCCCAGCGGUGACAUCCCAGCUGGCCCAUCCUGCAGAACCACCCGCAGCUCCUGUGACAGCCAGCCCCCGCUCCGGAGUGCCCGCACCCCCCGUGUCCCCCCUGGCCGCCCUGCGAGGCUCCGGCAGCCUGACGCGACACCCGCCUCCGGCCCCCGGCUGCCGAAGCUGCCUCCAGCCUCCGGCCGCCCCAGCUGCUCGGGGUGCCCUCACUGCUGCCCUGGGCCGGCCGAUGCCAUCGUGUCCCAGGUGCUGCCAGGGCCCCCCGUGCCGCAACCAGUCCCCCCCGAGGGAAGCGCUGGCAUCCUGCCGCCCGGCCAGGAGGACACGGUUUUUCCCAGCUCCCAUCAGCUCCCCGGGCACCCGAAGCCGCACCAGGGGAAGCGGAGCCGGGGCAGGAGCAGGAGCUCAUCUCAGCGGCACCCACUCCCCCGGGAGCUGCCAGGUCCCGAGCGCCGUCCCAGCCCUGAGGGAAGGGUCAUUCCUUCAGCACCGCCGUGGCCGGGAUCGCCAGAGCCGAGAGUGGGAAGAGGCACCGGACUGGCUGGCGGAGCAGAUCUGAGGAGCCGCAGCUGCGCCGUGAACCGGACCAGCAGCAGGGAUCUGGCACAGCCACGCACAGUUGUUAUACCUGGGGGGACGACCACAGCUCUCGGGGGCACGGGGAUCUCGGACUACAAGGACCGCGCAGACGCGGGACGGAUGGAUGGAGGGACAGACGGGGCUCUCCAGCCUGCGCGGCACUCGCAGUUUAUUUCUGUCUAGCUAGGGUCUGUGCUGCUGGGCGGCUCUGGCGGAGCCCUCUCAGGUGCUCUCCUCCCCGGGCUGCGGGCAGUCCAGCCAGUACUGGGCGAUGGAGCGGGGGUAGCGGGGCUGCACCAGGUCCACACGCUUGGUGCGCAGGUUGACGCGGUAGUACUUGUCUGGGAGGAAGGGGAGAUGGCUGUCAGGACUGCCCGCGGGGCAGAGCUGCGGGGAGCUGCCAGCCCUCGGCUGGGAAGGUUCCCACUGCAUCCCGGAGCUCAGGGACAUCACGGAACGAGAGGAGACCUCCCCCUGCCCCGGCAGCCCUGGUUCUGCAUCUCUCCCGGAUCCCGCUGCCCCACACUCACCUCCUACAAAGAAGUAGACGCUCUGGAGGGUCUCACACUGGGAGCCCGACAGCCAGUCGCUUUCGACACCUGCAGAGUCGGAGUCGUUUUGCAGCCAGCCCCAGAAACCCAAAUUCAGUGACCGGUGGCUCUUGUACCUCUUGCGCUGGCGGCGAGACUUCCUCCUCCGCGGCUGCUGGGAGGCCACGUAGAUCCUGCCGGCCAUGGCAGCGUCCAGCCGGCUGGGCACCCCCCGCCAGUCUUUGCUGAUGUACCGUGGGCUGCUCGCCCCGGCUGGCAAAGAGGCAGAGGGUGAGUGAGAGGGGCAGCAAUGUCUGGGGGUGAGCUGAGCCCAGCCCCACAGGCAGCCCCCCCAGCACCCGCUCCGAGACCCACAGGGAUGCUCCAAAGGAUCCCAGCCCGGCUGGGAUGCGUGACGGGGACAUGGGCCAGGCAGAGCUGGGAGCAGCCCCUUGGCCGACCCGUGUCUGGGAUCAGCCCUGUGCUGCUCAGGCCCCUUUUCCUCCUCUCCAUCUUUCAUUUCUCUUUCCUGGGGCUGGGGUUUUCCUAUGGCAUCUCCAGCUCCAGUGGGAAUAAACGCUCCCCAGCAGCGA